AUGUCGUCAAACAAGUCUACUCUUCCUUCUUCAUCAUCAUGCAGUCGGAGGAAUGCAUCACUCUGGACUCUGUCCAUCUCUGCAGUUUUGUUGACUGCAAUCUGGGGCAUGGCAUCAUUUGGAUUUGAAGAACACCAUAUAGACACCAACCAUCGAGUUUCUGCUACACAACCGCGCAACAAUACAAUCAGCUUUUCGGCAUCUCAUUUCCCUCCCUCCUACUGGCCUAAGUUUAAGGGUCAAAGAUAUGUCACACUGCUUGAUGGUACUUGGGGCACUGCAAAUGUCUCCAGCCACGACCUUGCUACCUUUGAUUCGAUGAACCCAAACUUUGAUCCUUCUACAAUCAAAUUCAGUGCAGAUAUGCCCGUUCCAUCCUGUGUUGACAGCUCGCCUCCGGGAUACAUGAUACCACGUGGAGUGUAUUUCUUUCGAAGACUUUUUCACUUUGACCUUGCAAGCGCAGGGGCUCGACUGCAGUUCCAAGGUUGUUCCUUCUACUGUCGUGUGUGGGUGAACGGGCAAGAGGUUGGCGAUCACCGUGCCGGUGGGUAUGUUGCUUUUACUCUAGACAUUCCACCACAAGCUUCUGUCGACAACGAGAUCUUUGUGCUGACGGAUGACCGCUUCAACAAGACAACGGCACCAAUGCAUACAGGUGGUGACUUUUUCCACUACGGGGGAAUCAUGAGAUCUGUCGAGUUGCAUGCGCUUCCUCCACCUCGCGAAGGUACCUCGGGAUCAUCACUAUCACUAUGGCCAUGGAGGGUGUAUGCAACACCAAAUUCGCUGGAGACCGUGAACGUCACUCUGCAUCUAACAGAUAGGACGUACACGGGUCCCAUCGAUACCGAAAUUAGGGUCUCUUUCGAUAUGGGGCCGGGUGUGGCAUACGCUCCAAAACUAUUUUCUGCCGUUGAUGGUGUUGCUAGUCUGGGUAACAUGAAGGUCCCAAACCCAAGGGUAUGGUCGACAUUGGAUCCUCAGUUGCACACUUUGUCGGUGGAGAUGGAGGGAGCUGUCUUGGUCGAGCGGUUUGGGCUGAGAAUGUUUGACAUUGAUGAAGAUAGCCUCCGUAUUCGACUGAAUGGAGAAAUAAUCAAGCUUCUUGGAUGGGGUCAUCACACACAGUGGCCUGAUACGGGAGGAUCUCCAACGGAUGAACAGUUGGAUGAGGACAUUUUGCUACUAAAAGCUGCUGGAGCAAAUUUUGUUCGUGGAGCUCAUUAUCCGCAGGAUGCACGCUGGCUAGAUCGAUUGGAUGAGAAUGGGAUGGUUAUGUGGUGCGAAACGCUAGGACCAAACAUUUCGGCUGCAGAUACCGUUGAUCCUUAUUUUUUGAAGUAUCAGGCACAGCAAAUGAACGAGAUGCUGGACAAUGCCAUUAAUCAUGCAUCAAUUGCCAUUUGGGCAUAUUUCAACGAAGGCCCAUCGGGCGAAAACGCAUCUUGUCCAGCUUAUCAGAUGAAUACAGACCUUAUCAAAUCACGAGAUACAUCUAGGCUCGUUUCCUAUGCGUCUAGUGAAGCUCCACCAAAGGAUGUUUGCUUCCCUGUUGUCGAUAUUGUUUCGAUCAACGGAUAUCCAGAAUGGUACGAUAAACCAUCUGCAAAAACCUAUUGGAGUGCUUUCGCAAGUUACUACAAGGCACUAGGAAAGACUUUUUUGAUCUCAGAAAGUGGAGUAGGUGCUAUUUAUGAAUGGCAGGACAACGAGACUGCAGUCCCAUGGACUUGCGCAUACCAAGCAAAGGCCUUGGUUGAUAUAGUCGAGGAAUCGAUUUCGGAUUUCAAUGUGAGCGGACUCGCUCUAUGGCAUUUCUUUGACUUUAAGAGUACUGACUUUGUAAUCACUGGCAACUGGGAAAAUAAUACCCAUUGCGACUACUUAGAUAAUGUCUAUCCACCAACAUGUGGGUAUAUUGACGUGAACAUUUCCACGCCAUUUCAGAAACCUGGAGGACAAAAUUGCAAAGGAGUUAUUGACUUUUGGAGACGAAAGAAACCAAGUUACGGAGAAGUCGCAAAGCGCUUCACAGCAAUCACAGCAAAAACAACUCAACACAGAUAG